CUUUAAAUGAAGUCCACAUCUGCUAAGAGCAAACAAAGAUAAACUUCCACCAUUCCAUCCCUCAAUUCUCAGCAAAUAUGGCCCCUACUCCUAGCCAAUCAAACGCCCAGGCUUGUCGCGAAUUCGUGCCCACUCUGCAUACCACUCCAUAUCCUGCCAUCGACCCUUCUGCAGUCAGGCUCCCCUGCCCCUAUGUUGUAUGCAUCGUCGGUGGCAGAGGAGCCGCUGGCGGUGGGCUCGCCCGAUCCUACGCUCGAGCCGGAGCCUCCGGAAUCAUCCUAGCCGCAAGGACACGGUCCGCGCUGGAGGAUACAGCCAGCGAAGUUCGCAACAUCAACCCUACAGUCAAGGUAAUCGUGGCAGAGUGCGAUAUAACUUCCGCCGCCAGCGUUGAAGCUCUAGCAAGUACCACAAAAGCCGCAUUUGACGGUCGCCUGGACGUCGUCCUCGUGAAUUCCGGGUAUUCAGGCCCGAUGACCGCCGACGUGGUUCAAGAAUCGCCCAUCGACUUCCGGACUGCGUUCGAGGUAAAUACAAUUGGAACUUUUCAUGCUGCUCACUGUUUGCUCCCGUUGCUCUUGGACACAGAGUCAGGGGCCAAGGCCUUCGUCGCUAUUAGCUCCAUGGCGACUCCCACUAUCUCGGGACAUACGCACUACUGCGUAAGCAAGGCUGCGCAGGCACGGUUUGUGGAGAUGUUGCAUGAGCAGUAUGCUUCUAGGGGGGUUUUCUGCGUCAGUGUGCAUCCGGGCGGACUGAAGAGCGAGUUUUCGGAGAAGUCUAUGCCUAAGCAGUUUCAUCAUCGUGAGUGGAUCCGCCAGUUUUGCCCAGAGGGAGCUGAUCUAACUCAAACGCUGGCAUAGUGUUGGCAGAUAGCCCUGAUCUGGUGGGCUCAUUCUGCGUCUGGUUGACCAAGCCCGAUGGUUGGGAACAGCAAAGGUCAGCUUUGAAUGGUCGUUUCCUUUCUUGUAAGUGGGACGUGUUUGAGCUCGAGCAAAGGUUUGGUGAAAUAUUGGAGAAAGAUCUGUUGAGGUUUCGAGUUGCCGUGGACUUUUAAGCCGUUGGUGGACGGCUUGAAAACUGAGCUGAACACGAGUGCUCUGCACAUAAGAAGUAUUACUCCGCAGUCAUGAUGCAGUG